AUGUCUACCAUAACUGCUGCUGCUGCUCGUAAUAAUAUUGUCAAAACAUCUUCAACUACCACCAAGUCCGUUAUUACACAUACAAAGCCUAUUGUUGCUUAUUGGCUCUAUUUUAAUGCUAGUUUAGUAUUCACAAUUGUUGUGGUGGGUGGUUUGACUCGAUUAACUGAAUCUGGGUUAUCUAUUGUUGAAUGGAAUGUUAUCUCUGGUAUGAAGCCUCCGAGAUCUGAAGAAGAAUGGAGAGAAGAAUUUGAAAAGUACAAACAAUAUCCUGAAUAUAAAUUAUUGAAUCGUCAUAUGGAACUAAAAGAUUUUAAAGGUAUUUUUUAUUGGGAAUGGGGACAUAGAAUGAUUGGACGUUUUAUUGGGAUGACUUUAAUUUUACCUGCUAUUUAUUUCGCUCGACGUGGAUACAUGACAAAGAGAGUUCAAAAGCAAGUAUUAUUCAUUGCUAGUGUAAUGGGCUUCCAAGGUUUCAUGGGUUGGUUUAUGGUAAAAUCUGGUUUGAGUGAAGCCUUAAUGAAGGAGCCUGGUGCAGUUCCACGUGUGAGUCAAUAUCGUCUCACUGCUCAUCUCUGUACAGCCCUCAUUAUUUAUGCAAGUGCCAUCUUUUCAGCUGCUGAUAUUCUUCGUGCUAAUAAAAUCGCAAAUGGAACCUACCCUAAAGGAGUCGCUGAGAUGCUUAAUAACCCUAUCUUGAAACCCUUCCGUAAAUAUACAAAUCUAUUAGGUGGCCUCAUCUUCAUUACUGCUCUUUCAGGUGGUCUCGUUGCUGGUCUUGAUGCUGGUUUAAUCUAUACAGAGUACCCUAAAAUGGGUGAAGGUUAUAUCCCCCCUCUAAAUGAACUCUGGAGCGAUCAUUAUACAAAGGAAACCGACCACGGUAAAUGGCGUAACUUGCUCGAAAACCCUGUUACUGCUCAAUUUGAUCAUCGAACCUUGGCUGAAUUUACCGCUCUGACAACAACUGCCCUUUGGGCCUAUUCUCGUCGUUUACCUUUACCGAAGAAUGCUCGAUAUGCUGUUAAUACAAUGAUGCUUGCUGCUGCUACUCAAGUUACUUUAGGUAUCUGUACACUUAUCUAUAUGGUCCCCAUUAGCUUAGCUGCUAUUCAUCAGGCAGGUGCAUUAGCCUUUUUAACUUCCAAUUUCUGGUUAAUUCAUGCAUUACGAAAAGUUCCUUUAUAG